AUGUCAAGACAAGUGAAUCCAAACCAUUCAGCUGAGGAAUUUGAAUCUUUCAACUCAAAUUAUUCAAAAUAUGACGUAUCAAAAAAAUCAAACUUCCAAAACAUUUACUCUGAAGAGAUUGCCAUAGAAUCCAAUACUGCUAAUAUUUUUCAGUCCAUCAAUAGAAUAAAUCAACUUAUUAAUCACAGCGAGAGCUUAAGUACCGAGAUCAAUGAAAAAUUCGCAGAAUUACAACUUGUGAAUCAAGAUGUUGAGGAGAACUUGAAAAAUAUAAGCAUACCAAAGACUAUUCCUACGACAAUACAUUAUGACUCAAAACCAAAAAACCAAUAUUUACCAACUCCUACAGAUGAUUACGAUUUGGGAAAACCUAGCAUAGGAACAACAGAUCCAUAUGACAUACCGUCUUCUCCAGAUCUAAGUUUCAAUGGAGGUGGCUCAGAUAUAGAUGAAGUUGAAAUUGAGAUUAAUGAUAAAAUCUCCAGAAUGGUUGAAAAAGAUUACAAUAGCGAAAACAUUUUAAAGCUCAAGAACAUUGUGAAUUCAACAUUUGAUGUGCUGACAUACGGGAAAGAUGAUAAUGAAAGAUUAUUAAUGAACACUAGUGAUGACAUUAAAAAUAAGAGUGAGCUAUUGAUUGAUAAGUUGCACGGCUUGGUUGAAUCAUUCACAUAA